ACUGUUUCUGUCUCUUGAGAUUCCUGUGUUUUCUUUUGGUGAUUUCGUAUUUCUUGACAAGUCUUUUUUCUUGCAAUGGCGGAAGAAAAUGCACCAGAGCAUCAGGAUCGUGGACUCUUCGGCUUGUUUGGGAAGAAGAAAGAAGAGGAGACACAUCAGCAGCAUGACAGUGCUGUGGAUCCACAUGGACAAGGACAUGUGGCAGGUGUAAUGCCACAUGAACAAGGACACGUAGAGGAGAUUCAUCCUACCCCUGUGUCUCAUGGUCAUGCAGAUGAGGUUUACUCUACCCCGCGUCUCAUGAUCAUGUGGGUGUAGGUGAACCUCACCCUGUGUUUGGUCAUGUGACUGAGGCUCAUUUUACGUCUGUGUCACAUGAUCAUGUAGGCAUAGGUGAGCCUCAUCCUGUGUAUGGCCACGUGUUCGAAGCUUACCCUGCUAUUAUGUCUUAUGGCCAUGUAGAUGAGGCUCACCCUGUGGCUGUGUCUCAUGGCCAUGUAGAGGAGGGCAAGCUCCAUGGCAAAGGUGAGGAAAAGAAACAUGAAGGGGGCCUCAUGGCAAAGCUGCAUCGAUCUAACAGCUCUUCUUCCAGCUCUUCUAGCGAUGAAGAAGAAGAUGAAAAAGGAGAGAAGAAGAAAAAGAAGGGUGGAUUGAAAGACAAGUUAAGGCUUCACGGACGCCAUGAGAAGAAAGAGGAAGAUUAUGGUCAUGACAAGGGUGAAGAAGAGGGAGAAAAGAAGGGCCCGAUGGAAAAGAUCAAAGAGAAGCUUCCUGGACACCACAAAGAGGAAGAAAAAGAGCAUUAAAAAGCAACUGGUUUUUUGGGUUCUUUCAUCUUAUAUUGUGUGUGGCUGUGAGUGUUUACCCAUUUUCUGGUUUGAAGCAUGCAUGCUGUGUUUAACUUCUAUAUAUAAUAAGAAUGUAAUGGUGGUUGUUCAUUUUUGUAAUUGUAAUGGUGGUUGUUCCUUUUUGUAAUUGCAGUUGGAAAGUGCAUUGAGUUUUUAUA